GCUCUCUUGCAGUCGAAGUUGGCCGAAAUCCGCGCCAAAGCUAGUAAUACAGCAUUGCCCGACGCACUGCGGUCCAAAGCAGUGAAACUGCUGCAAACAUAUCUGAAGCCUCUUCAAUCACUGCACGCCGCAGUCCAGCGCUUCCUGCUGCUUGACUCAGAUAGCCAGCGACAGGAGGGAGCUGCGGCUCUUUUAAAGCAUGUUGCGGAGGUUGCGGAGUGGGUGGAUGGGCUCGACAGCGUCGAGGAGGGCCGAACGCAAGAGCUAGCUGCAACCGUGCGACAGCAGCGCGCUGACAAACUGGAGGAGGAGGUCGCGCUGAUGCGCGCGUCCGUCACGGCCAUGCAACAACCUGCAGCUGCGUCGGCAGAGGCGGGGGCGGACGCAGGGGCGGCGCAGGUGGCGGUGCUGGAGGUGGUGCUGCGGACGCUGGCAGUGCGCGAGCAGAGCCUGGACUUUCAUGUCAGGUUGGCCCAGGAGGUGGCGGAGCGAUUUGGCGGUGCCAGCGGCAGCAGCAGCAGCAGCAGUGGCCGUACAGACAUGGCGGUAAAGGAUGCGGACAGGCCCACCUUUCUGCCCGGGGAAGGGGCGACUUCCUCACCGCUCCCGGCCUACACACCGGACAAUUUCGCCUAUGGCUCCACCCCGCUCACGUCUUGGCUGCAGGUGAUGCAGGCGGCCGGGGAACACCUGCAGCAGGCCAUGGGGUCGGCGCCAGGGGCCGGCGGCGCCGGGCACGAUACCUGCAGCAGCCUUAGUGCUGGCGCUCCCGCCUCUUGUGCCGCUUACAACAGCGGCAAAAACGAAUUAGUCCACAGCAGAGGCAAUAGCAGCGGCGGUGCCGGGGCCCGCACGUAUGUGGUGUGGGGCAGCUCGUGCGGCUGGAUGGUGCUGUUCGGUGCGGCGGUGUUCGGCUGGCGCUGCCGGGGCGUGGAGCUGCUGCGCUGCCUGCAUGAGGUGGCCCGAGGCUGCCUGGCGGAGGCGGAACGGCAGGGCCUGGCGCCGGGCCGCGUGUGCCUGCGCUGCGGCGACCUGCUGUCGGACGACGUGCGGGGCGCGGGCCUGGUGCUGCUGGCGGACCAGUGCUGGGACCACGCGCUGGCGGCUGCGGCGGCCGCCAAGCUCGCACAGGAGCUGCCCACGGGGGCGCUCGUGGUGUCCUACAGCGGGAGCAGCAGCGGCGGUGGCGGCGCGCUGGCGGCGCAGAGGCAAGCGGGGAGCGGCGCGGUAGGGACAGACGACAGAAAGGGGGGAGAACAGGAGCAGCAGCAGCAACAGCAGCAGCAGGACGGGAGGGGCACAGCCAGGGCAGAGGCCGUGGGGAGCGAACCGGCAUUUGAGGAAGUAGCGGUGGUGCGCGUGCCUGUGAGCUGGAACCCUGACCAGGCACUGCACGUGUGGCGGCGGCGCUAGGGUGGCUGGCGUUGGCCAGGGCCACGAGCGUGGGUCAUGAGGCUGGCUUUCAUGUGUGCGGCGGCCUCAGCGUUACCGUGUGUGUUGCACUGUCUCAUUACAGCACAGUAGGAGGUCACGGUGGGGCGCAUGCGAGCCUGUGUGUGACUCGGAGAUCGAUGUGAUGCACAAGGGUCAAGCUGAGCGGCCGUGCACACGCAUGCCGUUCAACGCCUAUGCCGGCGAGAGGGGCAAUGUACCAGCCAAGAUUCACUAUGUAAGGUCCGCUCACAAUCAAUGCAGCUAUGAGCGUGUGCUGUAUAUGUAUUAAGGCAGCAGCUAGCGUUCGGACGACAGUGGGCUUGUAGGCGAACGCAGGCGACGGGCCUGGGGCUGAAGGAUUCGGGCGCGGAUUUCGAUGGCGAGCCGGUACCGGCUGUACCAGCUAGGCGCCGAAGACGGCACGGCACGGCACGGAUCUAAGAGACUCACGUGGAGCAGGCCGAGCAGCCACAACAUGCUGAUUCGGGAACAUACUCCCCAUCAUUAAGUCGGACUGGGUCCGUCGGCACGGAUGCCGUGAUGCCGGCAGCGCCCUCCGCACCCACCGCCUAAGCGUGCCCCGAAAAGCGUUCCGUUAGAUCUAACAGCUUAGAUCUAGCGGUUGGGGUCGUUGGCUUGACCCGUUCCGAAGCGCCCGCCUGCCUACACCGGACUGGUCCAGUGGUCCCUGAGCGUGCACGCCGAUGCACUGGGCCAACACCUUGGCGAGUGCUUGGCACGCGGCGGGCCGGCACGACCCGCAGCGCAUUACCGUACUGUCCGCUGCUGAUGUGAACAUGUGCAGCAACAUGCUUCCCACACGCAAUACCCACAACGGGGCCUCAAACCGCAGGCCCACGGGUUGUUUUUGCGUGCCUGACCGGUUGUUAAACCCAGUGCCCUAGCUCCUUGGGGUGUGUGACACAGCGCCAGCCUGCGUCCUGUCCAUCUCCACUCCCGGCAUGUGCAACAUGUGUCGUCCUCAACGCAGCCCAGAUCCGAUACGUGUCCAAGCACACAGCUUCCCAUCAAAGCAUACAUGAUGUGCUUGGCUAGCUGUGGUGGGAAGAGCGAGCAGGAGCGAGCAGCGGCACGGUACCGAUGUGGGAGGUGUCAUAGAUGUGGGCUUCAGCAGGUCAGCGAAGAGUUGCACCCGCGAGCUUUGCAAGCCGUGUGCGAGUGCACAAUAGCGAUCUUGUGUUACUGAGAUUCAGUGUGCUGAGCCUGUACACUGGCGGGACGAGGGGACGGGUCCGGUACAGAGCAUGGACCGGAAUGGGGCUCCCGAUUCGAUCAAUCUCGAUUUAA